GAAAUGAUAUAAAAGAGGGUAUGAAAAGGAAUCCCACAGUACUGGAGCUCUAUCUGUAGACCUCUCUCAUCUCCCACCAUGGACUGGAGAGCAUCUACAGUCUGCACACUGCUUCUGGUCCUUACCGGCAUUCAGGUUGAUUCAAAGACAGUCUAUCCCAGCAACCAUGGCAACAACGUCUGUAGCAUGUGGGGAAACUUCCACUUCAAGACGUUCGAUGGAGACCUGUAUCAGUUCCCAGGGAUGUGCGAGUAUAACCUGGUCUCCGACUGCCAAAGCCUCAUCCGCCAGUUCUCAGUUCACGUGAAGAGAACAGAACACAGCACUGGCCCAAAGAUCAGCAGGGUGUCCAUUUCCAUCAAUGACAUUGGCGUUGAGUUCACAGAGGAACAGGUCGUGGUCAAUGGAGAAAAAGUAACGCUGCCCGUGCAUGUCGCAGGGAUCCUUGUGGAAGAGAACACAAUUUACACCAGACUCUAUUCCAAAAUGGGCAUCACUGUCAUGUGGAACAAAGAGGAUGCUGUUAUGGUGGAACUAGACUCCAAAUAUUCCAAUCAGACUUGUGGACUGUGUGGUGACUUCAAUGGAGUUCCAGUUUAUAGUGAAUUCAUUGAAUCUGGACGGAGGGUUGGCUAUGCGGAGUUCGGUAAUAUGCACAGAGUUCCCAACCCAACACACGUCUGUGAAGAUCCUUUUGAAAGCGACGAUGAGGAAAAUGUGGUGGACAAAUGUGAAAAAUUUCGGGCAAAUUGUGCAGAUCUUUUGGAGGAUGAAAAGUGGUCUUCUUGUAGCUGGGUUUUGAACCCAGAGCCAUAUAUCAAGGCCUGUAUGAAUGAUAUUUGCUCGAGCCAACCUGAAGAUGAAGACACCAGCACCUCUGCGCUUUGUGCGACUUUGUCUGAAUAUUCACGUCAGUGCUCUCACUCCGGAGGAACUCCACCGUCCUGGAGGACAGCAAACUUCUGUGCCAUGAAGUGCCCCUACAAUAUGGUACAUUCUGAAAGUGGCUCUCCCUGUAUGGACACAUGCUCACACAAAGACACAAAUGAACUGUGUGAGGAACACAACAUUGAUGGAUGCUUUUGCCCGCCAGGAACUGUGUUCGAUGACAUCUCAAACACGGGCUGCAUCCCAGCAGAAAAGUGUCAGUGCAAGCAUGACCGUGUCUACAGCUCAGGAGAGAUCCUACGCAAAGAUGAGGAAGAAUGUAUAUGUGAGGAGGGAAACUGGAUCUGUACAACUAUUCCCGGCCCUGGCCUGUGCACAGUAGAGGAAGGAUCUCACUUCACCACCUUUGACGGGAAAGAAUUCACUUUCCAUGGAGAUUGCAACUAUGUGCUCUCAAAAGACUGUAAGGAGUCCAAGUUCAUCAUAUUAGGUCUGAUUGUUCCAUGUUUUAGUCAUCAAACUGACACCUGUUUAAAGUCUGUUGUGGUGCUGUUUGACAACGACAUGAAAAAUCCUCUGAUUAUUAAAGCUGAUGGGACAGUACAACACAAUGCAGAAAUUUCACUUCCUUACAUAACAGCUGACUUCACGGUGUUCAUGCCAUCAUCGUUUCACAUCAUGCUUCAGACCACCUUUGGGCUGCAGGUGCAGGUACAGCUGGUGCCUCUCAUGCAGGUCUACAUCACGGUGGACCAAAGCUUCCAGGGCAAGACUUGCGGUAUCUGUGGAAAUUUUAACAAAGUGCUGUCAGAUGACCUGACGACCCCUCAAGGAAUGGUGGAGGGUACCGCUGUUUCCUUCGCAAAUGCCUGGAAAGCCCAAUCCAACUGCCCCGACCGUGCUGAGAGACUGGACGACCCCUGCUCCUACAGCAGUGACAGCGAGCACUUCGCUGAGUACUGGUGUUCCAAGAUGAAGGACAAGGAGAGCCUUUUUGCCAAAUGUCACAACACUGUCAAUCCAGACAGCUACUACAAAAGAUGCAAAUACUCCAGCUGUACCUGUGAGAAGAGUGAGGACUGUCUGUGUACAGUGUUCUCCUCGUAUGCCCGAGCCUGUGCAGCUAAAGGAAUAAUGCUCCAAGGCUGGAGAGACAUCGUGUGCAAGAAAUAUACAGAGAAUUGCCCGGCCUCCCAGAACUACUCCUAUGAGCUGCAGAACUGUCAGCGUACCUGUCUGUCUCUCGUCUCUGAGCGCCAAAGCUGCAGCGUUGACUUUGUGCCCGUUGACGGAUGCGCAUGUCCAGAGGGACUCUACCAGGAUGAGAACGGACUGUGUGUACCUAUGGAAAAAUGCCCAUGUUACAACAACGGACAGAAAAUUCAUCCCGGCAAGUCUGUCACCAUUAGGGAAGAACACUGUGUUUGCAUGAAUGGAAAACUUCAUUGUCGUUCCUGGAAAACCCAAAUUCUGGGAUGUUCCUCUCCAAAGGUUUUCUUCAACUGCAGUACAGCAGCCCCAGAUGAACAUGGACUGGGGUGUGCAAAGACAUGUUUGCAACAGGAAGUUGACUGUUUCUCACUGGACUGUCAGUCUGGCUGCCAGUGUCCUUUUGGUCUAUUGGAUGAUGGGAGAGGGCACUGUGUUAAACCGGACAACUGCCCGUGUAAACAUGAUGGACAGUAUUAUGCACCAGGAGCUGAGAUAACCAUAGAUUGCAAUCAAUGCACCUGCAAACGGGGAAAAUGGAAAUGUACACAUUAUAAGUGUCCAGGCAUAUGCACCAUUUACGGCAGUGGACAUUAUAGAACUUUUGAUCAGCGAAGAUUCGGCUUUAGGGGAGAUUGCAGUUAUAUUGCUGCUCAGGACAAGUGUGGAGAUAAAACUGGCAACUUUCGUGUGAUCACUGAGAAUAUGCCUUGUGGAACAACAGGAACCACUUGUUCAAAGGCUGUCAAGAUUCUUUUGGGGAGGACUUUGCUGCUGCUUUCUGAUGGAAUUGUAACACCCAUUGAUACUGAAAGUGGUCCAAACAUCGAGUACACUAAGAGGAACAUUGGGAUGUACCUUGUAAUUGAUGCUAACAUUGGACUGACAGUUUUGUGGGACCGCAAAACCACCGUCCGCAUCAUUCUGCAACCUCAGCACAUGGGAGACGUUUGUGGUCUGUGUGGAAAUUUCAAUGGAAAUGGAAAAGAUGACUUUACCACCCAGGGAAAUUUGCCAACUUCAAAUGUCCUGGAGUUUGUAGACAGCUGGAAAGUGUCGAGCAUUUGCCCGGAUUCAAAACCAGACUACAACCCAUGUCAUGAGACCCCCAAUCGAGAGACAUGGGCAAAAAUACAAUGUAGCAUCAUCAAGGACAUCAAGGGUCCAUUCAUAGUGUGCCAUAAAAAGGUGGAUCCAAACCCAUAUUAUGAGAACUGUGUGAAGGACUCGUGUGCAUGUGACACAGGUGGAGAUUGUGAGUGCUUCUGUACAGCUGUGGCAGCUUACGCUCAAGCCUGCAAUGAAGCAGAUGUUUGUGUGAACUGGAGAACACCCGAGAUCUGCCCUGUGUACUGUGACUACUACAAUAACGGAACGGAAGAUUGCACAUGGCAUUACAGUCCUUGUCAUACACCUUGCUACAAAACCUGUCUCAACCUUAAUGGUACCUGCAGUGAUAACAGUUUACCCCAUCUGGAAGGAUGUUAUCCAAAAUGUCCAGAGGAUAAGCCUAUUUUUGAUGAGCAAAAACAGAUCUGUGUGAUGGAAUGUGAACCCCCUGAACCAGAACCUCCCACAACUACCCCUACAUCAACAACUACCACAAAGUCUACUACAACAACGCCAGAACCAACCACAUCAUCACCAGAACCUACCACAUCAUCCACCCCUACACCAACAGCUACAACAAUGUCUAAUACAACAACAACAGGACCUACCAUAUCAUCUACCCCUACACCGACAACUACCACAGAAUCCUCUACUGCAACACAAUGUAUGAUAUGUUGGUGGACUGACUGGUUUAAUGUAUAUAAUCCUGCAGUAGGAGGAGGUGAUGACUUGGAGACUUAUAAAAACAUUGCAGAAAGUGGAAAAGAGAUCUGCGAAGAGCCAAUAGAUAUUGAAUGUAGGGCUGUGGGCCAACCUGACAUGAGCUUUGAUGAUUAUAUUAAUCAUUCAAAUCAAGUUGCCCAUUGUAAUGUUUCAUAUGGAUUGGUCUGUAAGAAAGAACAACAGAAUUCCCGGCCCUAUAAAUGUGUUGACUAUGAAAUACGUGUUUACUGCUGUAUCCCUUGUUCAAGUACCACAUCAUCUACUCCUACACCGACAACUACAACAAAGCUUACUACAUCAACACCAGAACCUACCACAUCAUCUACCCCAACACCAACAACAACCACAAAGCUUACUACAACACCUGAAUCCACCACAUCAUCUACUCAUACACCAACAACUACUACAAUGUCUACUACUAAAACACCAGAACCUACCACAUCAUCUAUCCCUACACCGACAACUACUACAAUAUUUACUGCAACAACACCAGAACCUACCACAUCAUCUACUCCUACACCAACAUCUACUACAGCAACUACAACAACAACACCAGAACCUACCACAUCAUCUACUCCUACAACAACAACUACCACAAAGUCAACUACAUCAACACCAGAACCUACCACAUCAUCUACACCUACACCAACAACUACUACGUCUACUACUACAACACCAGAACCUACUACAUCAUCUACCCCUACACCAACAAUUUCAACAAAGUCUACUACAACAACAACCACAAAACCUACCACAUCAUCUACUCCUACACCAACAACUACAACAACACCAGAACCUACCACAUCAUCUACCCCUACACAAACAACCACAAAGCUUACUACAACAACACCUGAACCUACCACAUCAUCUACUCCUACACCAACAUCUACUACAGCAACUACAACAACAACACCAGAACCUACCACAUCAUCUACUCCUACAACAACAACUACCACAAAGUCAACUACAUCAACACCAGAACCUACCACAUCAUCUACACCUACACCAACAACUACUACGUCUACUACUACAACACCAGAACCUACUACAUCAUCUACCCCUACACCAACAAUUUCAACAAAGUCUACUACAACAACAACAACCACAAAACCUACCACAUCAUCUACUCCUACACCAACAACUACAACAACACCAGAACCUACCACAUUAUCUACCCCUACACAAACAACCACAAAGCUUACUACAACAACACCUGAACCUACCACAUCACCCACCCCUACACCGACAAUUACCACAAAGUCAACUACAACACCAGAACCUACCACAUCAUCUACUCCUACAACAACAACUACCACAAAGUCAACUACAAGAACACCAGAACCUACCACAUCAUCUACACCUACACCAACAACUACUACGUCUACUAUUGCAACACCAGAACCUACUACAUCAUCUACCCCUACACCAACAAUUUCAACAAAGUCUACUACAACAACAACAACCACAAAACCUACCACAUCAUCUACUCCUACACCAACAACUACAACAACACCAGAACCUACCACAUCAUCUACCCCUACACAAACAACCACAAAGCUUACUACAACAACACCUGAACCUACCACAUCAUCUACUCCUACACCAACAUCUACUACAGCAACUACAACAACAACACCAGAACCUACCACAUCAUCUACUCCUACAACAACAACUACCACAAAGUCAACUACAACAACACCAGAACCUACCACAUCAUCUACACCUACACCAACAACUACUACGUCUACUACUACAACACCAGAACCUACUACAUCAUCUACCCCUACACCAACAAUUUCAACAAAGUCUACUACAACAACAACAACCACAAAACCUACCACAUCAUCUACUCCUACACCAACAACUACAACAACACCAGAACCUACCACAUUAUCUACCCCUACACAAACAACCACAAAGCUUACUACAACAACACCUGAACCUACCACAUCAUCCACCCCUACACCGACAAUUACCCCAAAGUCAACUACAACACCAGAACCUACCACAUCAUCUACUCCAACAACAACAACAACAAAGUCUACUACAACAACACCAGAACCUACCACAUCAUCUACCCCAACACCAACAACAACCACAAAGCUUACUACAACAACACCUGAAUCCACCACAUCAUCUACUCAUACACCAACAACUACUACAAUGUCUACUACUAAAACACCAGAACCUACCACAUCAUCUAUCCCUACACCGACAACUACUACAAUAUUUACUGCAACAACACCAGAACCUACCACAUCAUCUACUCCUACACCAACAUCUACUACAGCAACUACAACAACAACACCAGAACCUACCACAUCAUCUACUCCUACAACAACAACUACCACAAAGUCAACAACAACAACACCAGAACCUACCACAUCAUCUACACCUACACCAACAACUACUACGUCUACUACUACAACACCAGAACCUACUACAUCAUCUACCCCUACACAAACAAUUUCAACAAAGUCUACUACAACAACAACAACCACAAAACCUACCACAUCAUCUACUCCUACACCAACAACUACAACAACACCAGAACCUACCACAUCAUCUACCCCUACACAAACAACCACAAAGCUUACUACAACAACACCUGAACCUACCACAUCACCCACCCCUACACCGACAAUUACCCCAAAGUCAACUACAACACCAGAACCUACCACAUCAUCUACUCCAACAACAACAACAACAAAGUCUACUACAACAACACCAGAACCUACCACAUCAUCUACCCCAACACCAACAACAACCACAAAGCUUACUACAACAACACCUGAAUCCACCACAUCAUCUACUCAUACACCAACAACUACUACAAUGUCUACUACUAAAACACCAGAACCUACCACAUCAUCUAUCCCUACACCGACAACUACUACAAUAUUUACUGCAACAACACCAGAACCUACCACAUCAUCUACUCCUACACCAACAUCUACUACAGCAACUACAACAACAACACCAGAACCUACCACAUCAUCUACUCCUACAACAACAACUACCACAAAGUCAACAACAACAACACCAGAACCUACCACAUCAUCUACACCUACACCAACAACUACUACGUCUACUACUACAACACCAGAACCUACUACAUCAUCUACCCCUACACAAACAAUUUCAACAAAGUCUACUACAACAACAACAACCACAAAACCUACCACAUCAUCUACUCCUACACCAACAACUACAACAACACCAGAACCUACCACAUCAUCUACCCCUACACAAACAACCACAAAGCUUACUACAACAACACCUGAACCUACCACAUCAUCUACUCCAACAACAACUACCACAAAGUCAACUACAACAACACCAGAACCUACCACAUCAUCUACACCUACACCAACAACUACUACAUCUACUACUACAACACCAGAACCUACCACUUCAUCUACUCCUACACCGACAACAACAACAACAACAAAGUCUACUACAACAACACCAGAACCUACCACAUCAUCUGCCCCUACACCAACAACUACUACAUCUACUACAACAACAACAGAACCUACCACAUCUACUCCUACACCAACAACUAUUACAUUUACUACUAAAACACCAGCACCUACCACAUCAUCUACCCCUACACCAACAACUACUACAUCUACUACAACAACAACAGAACCUACCACAUCUACUCCUACACCUACAACUACUACAUCUACUACUAAAACACCAGAACCUACCACAUCAUCUACCCCUACACCAACAAUUUCAACAAAGUCUACUACAACAACAACCACAAAACCUACCACAUCAUCUACUCCUACACCAACAACUACAACAACACCAGAAUCUACCACAUCAUCUAAUCCUACACCGACAACAACAACAAAGUCUACUACAACAACACCAGAACCUACCACAUCAUCUACUCCUACACCAACAACUACAACAACACCAGAAUCUACCACAUCAUCUAAUCCUACACCGACAACAACAACAAAGUCUACUACAACAACACCAGAACCUACCACAUCAUCUACCCCUAUACCAACAACUACUACAUCUACUACUACAACACCAGAACCUACCACAUCAUCUACUCCUACACCGACAACAACAACAAAGUCUACUACAACACCAGAACCUACCACAUCAUCUACCCCUACACCGACAACUUCUACAGCAUCUACUACAACAACACCAGAACCUACAACAUCAUCUACCCCUACACCAACAACAACACAGUCUAGAUCAACAACUGAAACAAUAAGUGUUGUUACUGGAGAAAUAAUAACACCUGUAUCACAAGAUUUAGAAACAACAACACCAACUCCACCUUACGACUGUCCAGAAUGGGACAAAAAUACCAAUGAGACCUUCUACUUAUGUGACUGCUAUAUGGCGAGGUGCAUAGAAGACAACAUCAUCGAAAUUAUCCCAUUUGAAUGCCCUCCACUGCAGAACAUCACCUGUGAAAAUGGCAAAGAACCAGUGCUUGUCUAUGAUGAGCAUGGCUGCUGCCAAUAUUAUGCAUGUGACUGCUUUUGUGAAGGCUGGGGUGACCCGCAUUACAUCACAUUUGAUGGACACUUCUACAGUUAUCAAGGAAACUGCACUUAUGUAUUAAUGGAGGAAAUCAGGCCUAAAUUUCAUUUGGCGAUCUACAUCGACAGUGUCUACUGUGACCCUGUUGAGCGUGUAUCCUGUCCCAGAUCUAUAAUUGUGUCUUACAACAAACUAGUCAUAACACUCACAAAUCACAAUCUCAUAGGAGGUGCAGACCUAGAGGUUUUUGAAAACAACGUAAAGAUACCACUACCACAUGCACGUAAUGGAGUGAGAAUUGUAAGCUCAGGUCUAGACUUGAUCCUGAGUAUUCCACUGCUGGGUGUUAAUAUAACAUUUGGAGCCACGGGUUUUGGCGUUAAUCUGCCAUUCCAGCUUUUUGGAAACAACACACAAGGUCACUGUGGAACAUGCAACAACAACAAGGCUGAUGAUUGCAUGAUCCCUGGAGGGAUCUUGGUGGACGACUGUGCAGUGAUGGCAGAUUACUGGCCAGCCAGUGGUGUGAAUGGUGAUAUUUGCACUCCACCUACUGCAUUACCUCCUGUUGGGGGUGACAAACCUACAUCUAAGCCAUGCCCAGUUAAUCCUGACUGCAAUCUCCUCAAAAGCGAGGUGUUUGAAGCAUGCCAUUCCCAUAUGUCCCCCGAUAACUUCUUCACAGCAUGUGAAUAUGACAGUUGUCAUAUGAGCAACCCUGCCGUGGUGUGUACCAGUCUGCAGACUUAUGCAAGGACUUGCUCUCAAUUAGGGAUUUGCAUACACUGGAGGAACUACACUAACCUUUGCAAUAUUGAAUGUCCAGAAGAUAAAGUCUUCAAUCCUUGUGGUCCAGCUGAGCCACAAACCUGUGCUGAUAUACCUGGACAGAACACAAUUAAAGUGCCCACAGAGGGCUGCUUCUGUCCCGAGGGCUCAUUGCUCUUUAACAAGGAGUCAGGAGUCUGUGUGAACAAAUGCGGAUGCCUGGAUGCCUCUGGAACCCCACGUGAGUUUGAUGAAGUUUUUGAGUACAACUGUGAGGAGUGUAUCUGUGAGAAGGCCAGCAAAUCUAUAAACUGUAAGCCCAAGAAGUGUGCUGAUGUGAACCCCGCGAGCUGCACUGAGCCUGGCUUUGUGCUGGUCAACGUCACUGAUCCUUCAGACCCAUGCUGCAGCAAACAAGUUUGCAAUUGUGAUGUCAACAUGUGCCCACCUAUGGAUACAAAGUGUGCAGUCGGGUAUGCACCAGUCUUGGAAGUGCCUGAUGGAAAAUGCUGUCCAGUAAUCAAAUGCGAGCCAAAAAAAGUGUGCGUCCACAAAAAUGUAGAAUAUCAGCCUGGUACCGACAUCCCUGUUGUUGACUGUCAGGAAUGCAGCUGUACAUGGGACGUGGAUCCUAAAACACAGUUCUUCAAGAUCAAAUGUGGAUAUGUGCAGUGCAAUGAAAAAUGUGAUCCUGGUUAUGAAUAUCUUGAUACGAACCCUGACGACUGCUGUGGAAAGUGUGUGCAAACUCACUGCAUUGUCAGUAUUAAUGGCGUCGAUCAUAUACUGAAGGAAGGAGAGACUUUGCCCUCAACAAAUCAGGGCUGUGAUAGAAUCACGUGUACUAAAGUUAAUGGACAAUUCAUCACCAACAAAUACACAGUCCAGUGUCCUCCUUUCAACAUUACCAACUGCCAGCCUGGCACCGUCCAGCUGUCAUCUGAUGGCUGCUGCAAAGUUUGUUCGGACCAAAUUAAGGGAUGUCAAGUACAGACCGUUCUCGAUUACAUAAAUCACAAUGACUGUCAGUCAGAGAAGAAAAUGGACCUGACAUUUUGUGGUGGAGACUGUGCUAGUUUUAGCAGGUACACUGAACCUGGAUUGUCCACUUGUACCUGUUGCCAGGCCACUCGCUCAAGUAAUCGCACAGUGAAUCUUGGUUGCAUAAACGGAGACACAGUGGCCUACAUGUACAUCCAUGUUGAGGAGUGCGCCUGUAGAAGAACUAACUGUCAUAGACCAGGAGUGGGCCACAUACUCAUUGAAGACAGUCAAAGAAAACGCAGCUUAGGACUUCCAUGAGCAGAAGCAGUAAAUCAUCCUUACAAAGUCACUGAAAUAUGAAUUCUAUGAAAACAUUGUUUGGAAAUUAAUUUAAUUUGCACAUGCUUUGUUUAACGUUUCUAAAACUUUAUCUAUAGACCUCUUUUUUCUUUUCUUAAAAAUGCAUACUAUUUUGCUUGUGUUUGAAAUUAAUAGCAAUAAAAGCAUCUUAAACCUAAA